AUGGUAUACGCUUUCUUCCUUUCUCUUCUAGCAUUGUUCACAACCACUGCCGCCCUUGCUGAUAAGGCCACUCUUCGCAACUGCCUGACUGCUGCCGUUGAUCACGAUGCCACCCUCGUGGCGCUAGACGGAGACCUUCUCUACGAACUACACGCCGUGAAGCCGUACAAUCUCAACUUCCCUGUCACUCCUGCUGCAGUGACAUUCCCGAAGACAUCGCAGCAAGUCGCAGGGGUUGUCCGCUGCGCGAGUACCCAUGGAUACAAGGUGCAGGCGAAGUCAGGCGGCCACAGCUAUGCCAACUAUGGCCUGGGCGGCACGGACGGCGCCAUCGUCGCCGACCUCCGCAACAUGAAACAGUUCGCCUUCGACGACACGACCAAGCAGGCCACCGUCGGCGGAGGCAUGCUAAGCGGCGAACUCGACUCCCACCUCCAUGCCGCUGGGAACCGCGCCAUCACACACGGCACUUCCCCUCAAAUCGGAAUCGGCGGACAUGCCACCAUCGGCGGACUGGGCCCAACAGCUCGUCAGUGGGGGAUGGAACUCGACCACGUGCUCGAGGCGGAAGUUGUGUUGGCCAACGGGACCAUCGUGCACGUGUCAUCCACGCAAUACCAGGAUGUUCUGUUCGCGAUCAAAGGCGCAGGUGCGAGCUUCGGCGUGGUAACAGAGUUCAUACUACGGACGGAAGAAGCACCGGGGCAAGCAGUCGUGUACACUUAUACACUCAAUCUCGGGGAUGCGAAGUCCCGCGCUGCUGUCUUCAAGCAAUGGCAAUCGCUUAUCACAGACCCGCAGCUCAGUCGAAAGUUCGCCAGUGUGUGCACGAUAACGGGGCCCGCGAUGGUCAUCUCGGGCACUUACUUCGGCAGCGAGGCCGAGUUCAACACCUUGGGCCUGGCCGGGCGGCUUCCUGGCGUUACGAACUCAAGCACCGUUGUCUUCACGGACUGGUUGGGGCUACUUGCGCAUUGGACGGAGCAGUCGCUUCUAGAUUUGACAGGCGGGAUUCCGGCAUCGUUCUACUCCCGCUGUCUGUCAUUCACGGAGAAGACACCCAUCACCGAAGAAGGCAUCGAUCGAUUAUUCGAGUUCCUGGCUACCAAGCCGUCCGGGGCACUGAUCUGGCUCCUGUACUUCGAUCUUGAGGGGGGUGCCAUCAACGAUGUGCCGAUGGAUGCGACUGGGUACGCGCACCGCGAUGUGCUCUUCUGGAUGCAGUCGUAUGCGGUUAGUUUGGGGCCUGUGUCCACCACGACGUACGAGUUUCUGGAUGGGCUCAAUGAAGUUGUAAGGGAUGGGACGCCGGGGAUCGGUAUCGGUGUGUAUCCGGGGUACGUUGAUCCGAGACUGAAGAACCCGCGCGAGUCAUACUGGAGCAGUAAUCUGGAGAGGUUAAGUAAGAUUAAGAAUCACGUGGAUCCGGAGGAUGUGUUUCACAACCCGCAGGGAGUGCUGCCACAGUGA